UUUCCUUUGAUAGCAAGCUAUAUCAAAGGGUGUGCGUUCAGGAGUUGCAGGCUUACCGCUUCUAGAAAGAACACGUGGCCUGGAGGUGGCAGACUUGUAAUCCCAGUCUGGCAGUGAUAAGUACUUGUGAACCGAAUGGAUAUCUGACUAGAGGCGAUCCACACAAAAUGGCGGUGGCAGUCCAGCAGUCCAGCGCAGACAACCUUCUGGCUCUGCUGAAGGAGGACGAUGACGCCCUGAAACUCUAUGCACUGCAGAGCUUGAACAAGGUUGUCCAUGAGUUUUGGUACCAGAUAGCCUCUGUGCUUACAUCAGUGGAAGCAUUCUGUGAGGACGAGGAAUUUAGCCACAGGGAGCUCGCUGCUCUUGUAGCAUCAAAGGUGUUCUACCACUUGGGCGAACUUGAUGAUGCACUUUCAUAUGCUCUGGGUGCUGGCAAGCUCUUUGAUAUCAACGAGCCGUCCGAGUACGUGCAAACCACCUUAGAUAGGUGCAUAGAUCAAUACGUCCAGCUGAGGAACGACACAGCAGAGGAUGGGAAAGCGAAGCCUAUUGACGACAGAUUAUCAGCCAUUGUUGAGCGGCUCUUUGAGAGGUGCUUCCGGGACGGCCAAUUUGAGCAGGCCGUGGGAAUUGCACUCGAGGCUCGUAGAUUGGACAAGGUAGACCAGGCGGUCCAGAAGGCACCCGACAAAGUGGCAACGCUCACAUAUGCGCUGCGAGUGUGCCAGAAUUUGGUCAUCAGCCGCGAGUUCCGUUUUGAGGUCCUCAGGCUCUUGAUCAAGCUUUAUGAGAGCGUUGAGAACCCAGACUGGGUCAAUAUCGCACAGUGCUUGCUGUUCCUUGAUGAUGCGCCGGAGGUGGCCAAAAUCCUCGACAAGCUCCUGAAAGGCAGCGAGGAUGAUGCUAUUCUGGCGUACCAAGUCUGCUUUGACCUGGUUGAGAACGAGUCGCAGUCCUUCCUCACAAAGGUUGGAGCUCUGCUCGAGCAGCAUGCGCCCAGGACCGCAGCCCCUGCCCCAGAGCAGGCUGAGGCCGCGCCGCGGGACGGCGCAGCAGAGGCAGCCGCCAGUGAGGCACUGCCCAACGGGGUUGCAGGCGGACAGCCUGCUGCAGAUGACAUGGACACAGACGCAGCAGCGGCGGCAGACGCAGCCCCGGCCAUCAGCCUGACGCCCGAGGAGCAGCGCUACGUGGAGCGCUACGACCGCCUCAAGGGCAUCAUAUCCGGCGCCACCUCCAUAGGCCUCUACCUGGAAUUCCUGUACUCCCACAACCACGCAGACCUGCAGAUCCUGAAGAACGUGAAGACGGCGUCGGAGGUGAGGAACAGCGUGUGCCACUCGGCGGUGAUCUUCGCCAACGCCAUCAUGCACUCGGGCACGACGGUGGACUUGUUCCUGCGUGAGAACCUGGACUGGCUCAGCCGCGCCACCAACUGGGCCAAGUUCAGCGCCACCGCCGGCCUCGGCGUCAUCCACAGGGGCCACCUGUCCCAGGGCCGUGCGCUGAUGGCGCCAUACCUGCCACGCAACGGGGCGUCGGGGAGCCCCUACUCGGAAGGCGGCGCGCUGUACGCGCUGGGCCUGACCUACGCCAACCACGGCCACGACGUCAAGGACUUCUUGCUGCAGAGCCUGCGCGAGACCGCCAGCGAGGUGACUCAGCACGGUGCUUGCCUGGGCCUGGGCCUGGCAGCGCUGGGCACAGAGGACGAGAUGGUUUUUGAGGAGAUCAAGAACGUGCUGUACACCGACAGCGCCGUCGCCGGAGAGGCGGCCGGCAUCGCGCUGGGCCUUGUCAGCGUCGGAUCCGCCACCGAGAAGGCCUCUGAGCUGCUCACCUACGCGCACGACACGCAGCAUGAAAAGAUCAUCCGCGGAGUGGCGCUGGGCCUGGCGCUGGUGAUGUAUGGGCAGGAGGAGGGCGCGGAUACGCUCAUCGAAGACAUGACGCGCGACCAGGACCCCAUUCUCAGGUAUGGCGGCAUGUUUGUCAUGGGCAUGGCGUACCGCGGCACGGCCAACAAUGGGGCCAUCCAAAAGCUGCUGCACUUCGCCGUCAGCGACGUAUCGGACGACGUGCGCCGCGCGGCCGUGCUCAACCUGGGCUUCCUGCUCAUGGGCGUGCCCGACCAGUGCCCGCCCAUCGUCGCCCUGCUCUCCGAGUCCUACAACCCCCACGUCCGCUACGGCGCGGCGAUGGCGGUGGGAGUGGCGUGCGCGGGGACGGGCAUGCGGUCGGCGGUGGACCUUCUUGCGCCGCUGCUGACGGACGCGGUGGACUUUGUGCGCCAGGGCGCCCUCAUCUCCACCGCCCUCAUCCUCAUGCAGCAGCCUGAGGCCAAGGUGUCGGCGUUCCGCAAGCGGCUGGAGAAGGUGGUGGGUGACAAGCACGAGGAGGUGAUGGCGCGCAUGGGGGCCAUCAUGGCCACGGGCCUGCUGGACGCGGGCGGCCGCAACCUCACCGUGGGGCUGCGCUCCGCGUCCGGCUACUUCCGCCGCACCAGCGUGGUCGGCCUCAUGCUCUUCCUCCAGUACUGGUACUGGUACCCGCUGUCCUACUGCAUCUCCCUCGCCCUGCAGCCCUCCGCCCUCAUCGCCCUCAACGCCGACCUCAAGCUGCCCCGCAUGCAGGUGGUGUGCAAGUGCAAGCCGUCGCUGUUCGCCUACCCCACGGCAGUGACGCAGGAGGCUGCGUCCACGGCUGCUAAGGUGCCCACGGCGGUGCUGUCCACCACGGCUCGUGCGCGCGAGAAGGCCAAGAAGAAGGAGGCCGAGAAGAGCGCCAAGGCCGAGGGAGGCGACAAGCCUGCUUCCGACGAAGCAGGGACUGCCAUGGAGACGGAUGAGAAGGAGGCUGGGCCGGUCGGUGACAAGGCGGAGGUCGCAAAAGCCAAGGAGCCGGAGCCGACUUCAUACAAGCUGGACAACCCGUCGCGCGUGGUGCCCACGCAGCAGAAGUUUGUGGCCCUGGAGCCCAACUCGCGCUGGGCACCCAUCCACAAGAACCGCCCCAUCGCCGGCAUCCUCGUCCUCAAGGACCUGCGCCCAGGUGAGCCGGUGGAUCUGCUGACCAGCAUCAGCACCGUGCCCCAGGCAGCCGAGGGGCAGGCGCAGGCCAAUGGACCGCCGGCGCCAGCCAACCAACAAGAGCCACCGCCGCCAGAGCCCUUUGAGUACACCCCAACGUGAAGGAUUUGAGGAGGCCGACCUUCUGCUGCAUCCGGAGAAGAGCAGCAUGUGAUGGAGGAUGCGUCCCAUUGCUGUCAGUAGCAUCUUGCAAUUCAUUUUGCUGAGGCUGGUCGUGAGAGCCUCUCCUCCAAGAUCUUGACCUGUGGAGAGGCCUGGUGUUCCUGUGUGCGUAUGCACUCUGCAGUGCUGACUGAGUUGGAGUUUUGGGAGGCCUGCUUGCAGUGUGUGCAGCAGCUUUGACCUGACAAUGUGGUGGGGUGCUCUGCUUGUGCUGAUGGCCCAGGCCAGCCCAACAAAUAAGAUGUGCAUCUAGCCAUAGGAAGAGGGCUUAUGAGAGUGAUUGGACGGCGGGCUACUGUGAAGGGAUUGUCAUGUAUGCCCCAUGGCAUGCCCAAGUGGGAUCCUUGGGGCCGCCAGUGUGUGCUGAACUCAUGAGUUGGUAAGUCAUAAGCAACCUUUAAUUGGGUCGCCCUC